AUGUCGCCCGUCAAUAUUGGUACACACAAUGGGCACUUCCAUGCUGACGAAGCCCUUGCAGUUUACAUGCUUCGCCUGCUCCCCGAAUAUUCCUCUGCAUCUCUUGUUCGCACGAGAGACCCCAGUCUACUAGACCAAUGCCAUACCGUGGUCGAUGUCGGCGGUAUCUACGACGACUCCAAGAAACGCUAUGAUCAUCACCAGCGCGAAUUCACGAACACGUUCCCUGAGCACAAAACCAAACUUUCUUCAGCUGGCUUGGUGUACAUGCAUUAUGGCAGGGCCAUCAUCGCACAGCAUACUCAACUGCCCAUCGACCACCAAGACGUCCAACUUCUCUACCUGAAGCUCUACGAUGACUUCAUUGAAGCCAUAGACGCGAACGACAAUGGUGUCUCCAAGUAUGACUCGAGCAAGUUGGAAGAGGCUGGUAUCGCGGAAAAGUUCAAGUCUGGUGGGAUUACCCUUCCAGCUUUGGUCGGAGACCUCAACCACGAAGAUCCACUCAAUCCUGGAGUGUCUCGUGCCACUGCCGACCAACCACAGGCCGAGGAGGACUACAGAUUUGGCCAAGCUUCAGCUCUUAUGGGCAAUGCCUUCUUGAGAAAGCUACACGGCGCAGCUACUGCUUGGCUUCCCGCUCGUGCAGUCGUUAAAUCUGCAUUCGACACCCGUGAGUCACAACAUCCUUCAGGUCAACUCCUAGUCUUACCAAGAGCUGGCAUUCCAUGGAAAGAACAUCUCUACAACAUUGAGCAAGAGGCGGGAAUCGAUGAUAGCAAGAAGAUUCUGUAUACCAUCUACCCGGAAAAGGAGGAGCCUGGUACCAAGUGGAGAAUCCAAGCAGUAUCUAAGGACAUGAACAGCUUCGUCAACCGCAAAAGCCUCCCCGAACCCUGGUGUGGUGUUAGAGAUGCUGAGCUUGACCAGUUGCUUGGUCCCGAUGUUGAGGACGGCGCUGUCUUCGUACACGCGAGUGGCUUUAUUGGUGGUCAUAAGACUGAAGCUGGUGUCCGUGCUAUGGCUGCAAAGGCUUUAGCAGGAUGA